GAGGCCGACCGGGCUGGCCGACCUGAACGCUUUAUAAGUACACCUGUCAUGAGCAUGAGUCCGGACAGUAAAGAACAAGUGGUCGCUGCAGAAGAACACUCGUCAAGCAGUUCAUCAAACUUAUCGUUGAUCCAUCAUGAAGACUGUUGCCGCUAUUGUUGCCGUCGUGGCUGUGGCUGCCCUGGCCGAGGCAGGAUACGUCGCCCCGUACGCAGGCCUUGCUGCCGCCCAUCACUCCGGGGCGUACUACGACGAUCACCACUAUGCUGGAGCGCUCGGUUAUGCCGCGUCGUACGCUGCUCCGUAUGCCGCCUAUCACCACAACCCUUCCGGCACCUACAGCUACUGGGGAAGCCAUGGUCCGACGGUGGUUCAGGAAAACGCGGCUUCCUUGGCCCACCCCCUGGCCCAUGGAGAGCACCUGUACUCGCCCUAUGCAGCGCCGUACGGGCUCUAUGGAGCGGCGAAGGCCACCGUAGUGCAGGCUAACGUUGCCGCUAAUCCCUGGGGCUAUCCGUCGGCCUACGGUGCGUACGGGCACGGAUAUGGAUACGGAUACGAUAAGUACCUGACCGCAGUCCCGGCUACCAAGUAUCUGUUGUAAGCUACCGAAAAGUGUUCUGGAAAAUGAUAAUAAAAAUCGGUAACGUUCCGUUGUGCAGUUUGG